AUGGCCCGGCCUCCGCUCCGGAAGCGGGCGAAGCAAGCCUGCGUCCCGUGCAACGCCCGGCGUGUCAAGUGCGACGCCGGCGAUAAAACCCCGUGCACCAAUUGCUCUUCGGCAGGCACGGUGUGCGAGAUCCGGGAGUCCCGACGGGGUAAACACCCGAGACACUCCCGUGGCCUCGCCGCGACGAGAUCGUCACGCCGCGCAGAAACCAGCGAGGCUGGUGUGGCGACUCCGGCUCCGACCACGCCGAGUGUCGCGAAUGAGGAUACCUUGACCCCGGGAAGCAGCCGUGUGAGCGAAGAUAUCGCGGCGUCGCACGUGUUAGCAACUCUCCGUCGGGACCCUGGCAGCGAUGUAGAGGCGAACCCCGAAAGACGUCGAAUACGGAAUCCACCCGUGACCGGACCAACCCAAUCUCUCGAGGGCCCUGGCCUUACCUUCCAACCCGACGAAGAAGGGUCCGUAUUUCUCGGCGAGCAAGACCUGCGAUUCUACCAUUCCAUCCCCAACGCGAUCAAGGCGGCCAGCGUGCUUCCGCCGUGGGCGGUCGAGAGGCGUGAAACCAAAGUCGAGCUGCUCCGCGCGCAAGGGGUCUUCUCAUACCCAGAUAACCUCGUCGUCAAAGAGAUCCUGAAAGCCUACUUCCAGUGGUUCCACCCUUGUUUCGCCGUCGUGGAUGAGCCUGACAUCUGGCGUCAAUAUGGAGACGGGACCAUCUCACAUUUCCUCUUGCAAGCCAUGCUCUUCAUCGGCUGUCUACAUUGCGACGAGGACUACCUGCGAGAUGCCGGGCUAGGCGGACGCCGACGGGCCAAGUAUCUGUUUUACAACCGUGCCAAGGAUAUUUACGACGUUGGCUUCGAGCAAAAGAAAUUGGUCGUCAUUCAGGCCUUGUUUCACCUGAGCUUCUGGAGAGACGGCGCACUCUUCGAGAAGGACGUGCGGCAUUGGCUCGGCGUCACCCUCUCCUUGGCACAGAGUAAGGGGUUUCACAGAUGUGCCGGCAUGGGGCAGACAAAGGUAGAUAGGUUGAAGCGGCGGCUCUGGUGGUCCUUAUAUACCCGAGAGAGACAGUGCGCUGCUGCACUCGGUUUACCGAACAGAGUCCGCGACGAAGACUGCGACGUGGAUAUGCUCACCGAAGCGGAUUUCACUUCUGCAUUUCAGCCAUCUACGCCGCCCGAAGUGGCCGCCGAAUGGGUAGCGUACGUCAUUAGCAUGACGCAGCUAGCGAGGACCCUAGGCAGGCUCUGCCACUGCGGCUACCUCCCGGGAAAAGUACUAUCGACGGGCGACAGAAACGCAAUGAGAGACGACCUCAUACGGUGGAAAGACGAGUUACCCCGCGCCAUGCGGCUAGACCAAGGCGACUUCGACGCGCCGCCCAGCUUCUACGCCAACAUGCUCCACCUCUCCUACAACAACCUUUUAAUUCUCCUCUACCGCGCCGGCUUCAUCGGCGGGCCCGAAAGCCGCGGCGUCGACGGCGGCGUAGCCCUGCAAGCCGCCUCGCGCAACGCCCGCAUCGUCGAGGACAUGCUCCCCGGCGGCCAGCUCCGGCACGCGCACGUGCACGUCAUCACGAACCUCUUCAACACGCUCACCGCGCCAAGGUGUAACUGGGUCCUCCGGCUGUUUUUCCAGUACUUGGACCGCUCGACCGCGGCGAGGCUGCAGAUGGAGGACGAUUCGGCGAGUACGUGCGAGGGCCCCCGAGUUGAGCCUAGGGUUAGGCUCGGCGAAGUGGUAGACGCGGAGGUGCGGAUGGCUGCUGCGCCGAUGGGAUUCGUGCCGUCGGGAAAUGAGGAAGCAGGGGCGGUUCUCGACGGGGCUACGCCGUGGUCGUGGUCGCUGGAGGAGGCGAAUCAGUUUCUGUUUUCGCAGAUCGAGAACGAUUUUGUGUUUGGGGACGGGGCUCUUCACACGAUGAGUACGGAGGAGGACUUUGCUUGA